AGAAGAGGCUUGUUGGAACAGCCACGUUUGCGAUGAGCUCCGCUGGAAACAGCGCAUCGGCCCUCGGCCGAGGAUCACACCCACCGUCAACUACUGAUUCCGGUAAUUAUAAAGUCGUUCUCCCUCGUCUACCGACUGGCAACACCGUUCUCAAUUCAGUUUUCCUGCAUGCUGACCUGGCAGGGCGGCCGUAUCGGGCCCCGGACUUUCGCGAUGCUCUCCUUUCAGUGCUAAAUGCAACUGAUAUCCUCGGCGCUGGACAAUACCAGAUGAGCCAUUUGUGGUUAGUCACAUGUGUUAACAGCAUCGCGAAACAGAAACUUGUCGACAAAGGCGAGUUGCUGGUGAAAGGCCUCAAGUGCCUUGUCAUAGACCCGGAAUGCAAAAAUAUCAAGAUGAAGCUUCUUUGGCUUCCCCCACACCUCGAACAGAGACGGAUUGUUGAAGCGCUAGAGCCAUAUGGCACAGUGCAGUCCAUCACGAGAGAAAUGUGGCGGUGUGAUGGCAUGGAGGGCUGGCAAAUGACUAAUCGAGACGUCGCGUUCACAUUGAAAGAUGGGGUUUCUGCCAGUAAUCUGCCACAUCUAUUGAGCAUAUAUGGCCACCAGUGCCUUAUCUUGAUUCCUGGCCGACCACCACUUUGCCUCCGGUGCAACAGAGUUGGGCAUAUCCGGCGACACUGUAGAACACCGCGCUGCAGUAACUGUCACCGCUAUGGUCACCCGGCAGAUGCAUGCAUCGGAACCUACGCUGACAAACUUCGUGCAAAUAGACCAGCUGAGGAUGAUGCCAUCACCGAUCAUCUAAUGGACGUGAGCGAAGUUGUGGACGCAACUGGCGAAACACUCCCUGAGACUCAUCGACAAGAACAGAUUAAGCCGUCAUCGGCUGACAUUAGCGUUAGCCAGAAGCCUGCGAGCGAGGAUGAGACUAAGGCACCUGACGACGAACCAACUGUGACGACGAAUCUCCACCAGUUCAAGAUCGCCCACCUACAGAGCUUCCGGUCACAGCUGUACGGGAGCCCCUUCACCGUGGUGACGACCAUUGCUCUCCCUGGUGGCUGGGCAUUCUUCAUGAUCCAUGAGGUCGGACUACGCGUUGCCAGGUAG